CAUACAAAAAUGUAUGUAUGUGUGAAGAUUAUAAUAACAGUCGAGAUCUUUGAAGUUGCCUGGCUGGUUUCGAUUUUUGCGACGCGCACUUCAUAUCAACGCGAUUGAACAACAACAGAUUUAACAACAGGCGCAGGCGCAUUGCCAAUUGAAAGCGACAUCGACAUCGAAAACGACAACGAACAUUUCAGUAAGAAGCAAAGCUUGCAUCCGAGCAGCCGCAAAGAAAACAGCAAACAGCAGAGGAAAACUGAAAAUGGAAAACGCAUUGCCAGCACUGUUGUUGUUAUUGCUGUUAGCCGGACAGGCGAGAGCCGCAGUGGCUAAUCCGGCAAUAAAACCUUUGUCACAACGUGGCAUCAUCUUUCCGAAGGAAUCCUUUGACGAUUGCUUUGCGGAUGAGGAGCAACUUGUGCGCGGCAGCUGUAAACUGCUGGAGGAUUGCCCCGACGCCCUGAAACGCUGGAAGCUGAAUAAUGUGUUUCCCAAGACCUGUUAUUUCGUCAAGUACGAUCAGUAUGUAUGCUGUGAGAUCAAAAACACUAACAGCAACAAUGACACGGAAGCCACAACACUGACUCCAAAAACAGAUGAUUUUACAGAGAUACGACCAAGUGAAAAGGCUUGCGAGGAUUCCAAAGUCUUUCGCUUCUCAAUUGUGGGAGGGACGCCGGCCAAAAAUGGCGAGUUCCCCUACAUGGCAGCCCUCGGAUGGCCCUCGCAUUUUGAUGGGAGCAUUUUUUACCGCUGCGGAGGAGCUCUCAUAUCGCCCACAUUUGUCCUAACUGCUGCGCACUGCAUCAACUUUGGUGGACAACUGCCGACGGUUGUGCGUCUGGGUGGUGAGAAUCUGACCAUGGACAUGGGCGAGGAUCAUGCGAUACGACGUGUGUUUACACAUCCGGGCUACAAUGAUACCACCUCGUACAAUGAUAUUGCACUCUUGGAGCUGGACGACUCUAAGCCGUCGAAGAGGCAAAUUGUCUGCCUCUGGCCGAGUUCGGUGCUGGCGGUGAAUGAAUUAACCGCCAUUGGCUAUGGUCAGAUACAAUUUGCGGGUCUCGCCUCCAAGCAACUGCUCAAGGUUGGCCUGCAACAUGUCACCAAAGAGGAAUGCCAGCCACAUUAUCAACCCGAACAACUGGCCGAUGGUUUGGCCGACAGUCAAAUUUGUGCCGGCGACAUGAAAGGUGUGGGCGACACCUGCCAGGGUGAUUCAGGUGGUCCAAUUGUCAUGGAAAGCUUGCGCACGUGGUAUGCUGUGGGAAUCACCUCGCUGGGUCAAGGCUGCGCCAGCGGACCUCCCAGCGUCUACACCCGCGUCUCCAGCUACAUUGACUGGAUCGAGAGCAUCGUUUGGCCCAAACCCGAUGUGUCAACACAAUUGCCCACCUUCGACCUGCGUAGGUCCGACUGAAACUGUGAAACUGACUGUUAAUCCCCAUACAGUGUCAUCAUCACGGAACUACAAAAAAAAAAAGCAGCUCGACAACUUAUUAGCACAAUGGAAUUUGUAGAAUCUCAUUUCAUUUUUUUCGACUUGCUUACAAGAUUAGUCACUCUCAUAUGUAUUUGAUUUGUCUCUUAUUUAAUAAGCCUCUUUCCACCAUCAAUAAUUUGUAUUUUUUUUUUUGUGUUUUACGCGUUGCUUACAAUAUUAAAAAAUGUACUUUUAUGGCCGUACAAAGUCCCAACAAAUGAACAUUUUAAAAAUGAAAACAGGGAAUUAAAAAUCACAUUUUAUUUAAGUGGAAAGAGGGCAUUAGUCAUAAGCUCUAAUCGAUCUUGUAUUUAUCAGCUAAAAUCCUAAAAGUGUUUCAACUUCUUGUCACUCAAUUAAAUGACUUAUAGCCUACUAAAUAGCACAUUUGGCACAUUCGACGCCAUUCGGCCCGAAUGUGGACUUCAUUUCAGUACAAAAUCCGAAUGAUCAUUUCAUAAUGAAUGUUGAGAUUUUUUGCCAUAUUUAUCGAACGCGCGAUAAACUCAUGAAAAAAAGAAAUUAUCACUUUAACCUGCUGUUUUGUUCAAUAAAUAACUUAGCAUACAA